UCCAACCCCCCUACCCCCCCCCCCCGCCUCGGGGCUUCCGAAUAUGUUUUAUGACGGUUGAUUUUACACCAGGAGGUUUGUCUCUGAGGAAGACCCAGGGAACUGGAUAUCUAGCGAGAACUUCCUACGGCUUCCCCGGCGCCUCGGGAAAAUGGGAGCUGCUGCAAAGUUGGCGUUCGCCGUCUUUCUUAUCUCCUGCUCUUCAGGUGCUAUACUUGGUAGAUCAGAAACUCAGGAGUGUCUUUUCUUUAAUGCUAAUUGGGAAAGAGACAGAACCAAUCAAACUGGUGUUGAGCCUUGUUAUGGUGACAAAGAUAAACGACGGCAUUGUUUUGCUACCUGGAAGAAUAUUUCUGGUUCCAUUGAAAUAGUGAAACAAGGUUGUUGGCUGGAUGACAUCAACUGCUAUGACAGGACUGAUUGUAUUGAAAAAAAGGACAGCCCUGAAGUGUACUUUUGUUGCUGUGAGGGCAAUAUGUGUAAUGAAAAGUUCUCUUAUUUUCCGGAGAUGGAAGUCACACAGCCCACUUCAAAUCCUGUUACACCGAAGCCACCCUAUUACAACAUCUUGCUGUAUUCCUUGGUACCACUUAUGUUGAUUGCAGGGAUUGUCAUUUGUGCAUUUUGGGUGUAUAGACAUCACAAGAUGGCGUACCCUCCAGUACUUGUUCCUACUCAACACGCCUUUCAUAUAAUGAUAGAGGACCCAGGACCACCCCCACCUUCCCCAUUAUUAGGUUUGAAGCCAUUGCAGCUAUUAGAAGUUAAAGCAAGGGGAAGAUUUGGUUGUGUGUGGAAAGCCCAAUUGCUCAAUGAAUAUGUGGCUGUCAAAAUAUUUCCGAUACAGGACAAACAGUCCUGGCAGAAUGAAUAUGAAGUCUAUAGUUUACCUGGAAUGAAGCAUGAGAACAUACUACAGUUCAUUGGUGCAGAAAAGCGAGGCACCAGCGUUGAUGUGGACCUGUGGCUAAUCACAGCAUUUCAUGAAAAGGGUUCACUGUCAGACUUCCUUAAGGCUAAUGUGGUCUCUUGGAAUGAACUUUGUCAUAUUGCAGAAACCAUGGCUAGAGGAUUGGCAUAUUUACAUGAAGAUAUACCUGGCUUAAAAGAUGGCCACAAGCCUGCAAUAUCUCACAGGGACAUCAAAAGUAAGAAUGUGCUGUUGAAAAACAAUCUGACAGCUUGCAUUGCUGACUUUGGGUUGGCAUUAAAGUUUGAGGCUGGCAAGUCUGCAGGUGACACCCAUGGACAGGUUGGUACUCGGAGGUAUAUGGCUCCAGAGGUGUUAGAGGGCGCUAUAAAUUUCCAAAGAGAUGCAUUUUUGAGGAUAGAUAUGUACGCCAUGGGAUUAGUCCUGUGGGAACUGGCUUCUCGUUGUACUGCUGCAGAUGGACCUGUAGAUGAGUAUAUGUUGCCCUUUGAGGAGGAAAUCGGUCAACAUCCGUCUCUUGAAGAUAUGCAGGAAGUUGUUGUGCAUAAAAAAAAGAGGCCUGUUUUAAGAGAUUAUUGGCAGAAACAUGCAGGAAUGGCAAUGCUCUGUGAAACGAUAGAAGAAUGCUGGGAUCACGAUGCAGAAGCCAGGUUAUCAGCUGGAUGUGUAGGUGAAAGAAUUACCCAGAUGCAAAGACUAACAAAUAUCAUUACUACAGAGGACAUUGUAACAGUGGUCACAAUGGUGACAAAUGUUGACUUUCCUCCCAAAGAAUCUAGUCUAUGAUGGUGGCACCAUCUAUGCACACUGAGAAUUGGGACUCUGUACUGGAGCUGCUAAGCUAAGGAAAUUGCUUAGUGUAUUUUCUGUGUGAAAUGAGUAGGAUGCCUCCGGGACAUGUACGCAAGCAGCUCCUUGUGGACCGCAAUGGCUCUGGGAGACUUACUGCAUCAUCUGCAGCACAGAUAUGAAGGGGAGUCUAAGGGAAAAACUGCAAACUAUAAAUGUACAAGAAGAAUGUGGCUCUCUCCAAAUCAAGGAUCUUUUGGACCUGGCUAAUCAAGUAUUUGAAAACUGACGUCAGAUUUUAAUGUCUGUCAAAAGACACUAAUUCCUUAAAUGAACUACUGCUAUUUUUUUUAAAUCAAAAACUUUUCAUUUCAGAUUUUAAAAGGGUAACUUUUUAUUGCAUUUGCUGUUGUUUCUAUAAAUGACUAUUGUAAUGCCAACAUGACACAGCUUGUGAA